GUCAACUUGUCAUUCGCUGUAGUUUUAUAUUGGAUUGUUGUGUAAAAUAUUCUAACCAGUAACCACUGAGGCUUUUUGAAUCAGUUUAUCACUUCGGAAUACCGAUAAGUAUAUACAAUCGUGCGACGUACAGCGUUCUUGAUUUUGAACAAACAUUCAAUUGAGUAUAGAAUGUAGUUUAUACCAUACUCGCGCGUCACGACCAGCUCCUUUAAGUUUGUGUUGUAAUACUUAUCGUCAUGUACUUUUUUUCAAAGCUUUUUAUAGCCACAUGUGCGCUGUCACAGGUAGUAUGUGCGAAUCCAAGUCCUCGCCAGGCAGAGAUAUCUGCAGAUGUGUUUGAUUCUGACAUAGUCAGUGCUAUGGAAACUGGAGUCGCAGUGAGUGACGAUGGUCUAAUAAGCGCUAUGGAGACCGGAACAGCAGAAAGUAUAUUUGGCUCUAUGGAGCAAGCUGAUGAAGUCACGUGUCUAGCAGAUCAAACUUGCCCAGUUGGCUACAGUAAAAGGCCGUCAUUGGUGGCCACCCAGCCGCCAAACAUGGAACUUGGUCAGCCGUUGCCCUCGGAUGGGGUUAUGUCAGCUAUGGAUCCAAGGCCAAUUGAUGCAGAUAUCCCAUUACCCGUAACUCCGGAUGUUGGUGCCAUCAUAUGUCAUCAAGGUGAUAUUUUCUGUCCUACUAAUGGCAUGGUACUCAGUGGGGUGACUGUGUGCUGUCCUCCAGGCUUUGAACUAGGAGAGAUCGAUAGUUUAGAAGUUACAUGUGAAUGCGUACCCUCCAGUAAUACUCCACGGAGACAGGCAUCAGUAGCAAUCACCCCGGCGAUAAAGAACGCACCAUGUGUUUGCAUGAGAGAUAUGGGCAUGUCAGAUAUCGUAUUGAGCGAUGCCGAAACUGGGACUAUGGAGGAGAGUAUGUUUGAUGAUGUAUCAAUGACCGACAACCAACCUCAGGAGAUGGAAUCGGAUGUUAUCCUAUCGGAUGUUAUUCUAGAUGCUGGCCCAAUACAAUGUCUAGUGGAUGGUAUAUGUGACGACAGCGUAUUCUUCGCCGGACAUCGACGUUGUUGUCCUGAUGGAUUUGAAAUGGAUUUUGUCUCAAUCACUGCCUCAGGCACAGACUGUCAAUGUAUUCCAUUAUAAAAUACGCCAAAAUUUGUAAAUUUGGUUCACCUUGAAUGGCUUGUUUAAUAAGUUACCAGCUUGAGCGAAUACAAGGAAC